CAUCCUCUCCAGUGCUGUGAGUGAGCUGAGCUGAGCUUCCCAAUCGCUCCUGGCUCCGUGAAACUGCCCACUCCUCUGGCAUCUUGUACAGUCUCUAAUCUCCAUUCAUCAUGGUCACCUCCAACGCCCCUUUCAGGCCAUCGCCCUUGUCGUUUGGCUCUCCUCGAACCUCUCCAUUCCGCCGCCCCUCCACUCCCAACUCGCCUCCGCAAGGCCGGUCCAGCCCACCCGGCAGCUCUCCCAACCGCGGAUACACUCCAGUCCAGUCCCCGAGCAAACUGAAGGAAUCAUAUACCGUUGAGGAAGAUGACACCACUUCACCCAAGAGCAAACCGAGAAGCCCCAUUGCACAGCCGCUAUUCACGCGAGAUCCCCCCUCUUCGCCAACGAGGGGCGCCCGUUCCCCGGAUCCGUCGUCCUCGCUAAUGGAAGCAAAGGCCACCAACAUGAUGGCAGCCUCGUCCGACGCAGCAGCCAAACUAUCACCCGCACAGCUGAGGGAAAUCCGAGAGGCCUUCCAGGUCCUUGACCGAGAUAACGAUGGGUUUGUGGAUAAGGAGGAUGUAGCAGAUGUUCUUACGAACGUGGGCCAAGACCCAACGGCCCUUUCCAGAUUCUUCCCUUUGGGUGGUCCCCAGACCAUUAAUUUCCCCACCUUUCUCAAUACCCUCUCUCAGCUCCUCGCCCCCCUUUCAUCCCACCAGGAGCUUAUGAAUGCCCUGGCGGCCUUUGACGAAGACGACAGCGGUCAGAUCGAUGUGGACGAACUGCGCGAUGCCCUACUACAUACGGCCUCCGAGGAGGGAGACGUGCCGCUGAGCGACCGGGAAAUCAACGAGGUACUAAGUGGAUUUACGGGACGCAGAGCGUUUGGAGGAAAAGGGGCUCGGGUGGCGGGAGGAGGCAAGAGGGGGGAGGUGUUCCGAUACCAGGACUUUGUGAGUGGGAUCAUAGGAGGGACGGAGAACGGACAGGCAAAUCGACGUGGCGCCUGAUCGCCGGGACAGUGGGGAGUGGGAAUUAUUGCUUAUAGUUCGGAACGGCGUUCGGAUGAUGAGCAGACCAUACUUUAGUAGCAACCGACUGGCUCUGGCAGCCACGAACAUGAAUAUGAAUAUGAAUAUGAAAUGACUUGGAUGAGAUGGAGG